GGGUACAAGAUUUCCGACUAUAUUACCGAAUUUAACCAGGAUAAAGCAGAGCUUGUUAAGUACAAAUUGAAGUUGUCAAAGUACGACGAAACAAUCUACCUCGUUGUGAACAAAACAAUGAAAUUUAUCCGAGAGGCGGAUGGACAACAGGGAGAAAUGAGUCAGAAAAUAAUGGAUGUGUUAUGUCUGGUCAGGCCAGAUGGAAUUAUGGUUGAAUAUCUGAACAAAUUGGUUGGCCAAUAUGUCCUAGGGAUGCUUGGACGGCCUAUGAAAUUGGUGGAAAUUUUACAGAAGGUCGACCAACUAGCAGAAGACGACAAGUAUAUAAGAUUGAAAUAUUUUAACGCCGGGUUAUUCAGACUCCAAGAGUUUUCUCUAAUCAACUUGGAUUACGAGGAGGUAUCCGUUCAUAGAAGGGUUCAAAAAAUAGCGAAAAUUGACUCAGAAUAUGCUGCAGGUUAUGUUCUAAUCCCAAUAGUGGAACUCGAAAAAACAACAGCACCAGAGUUGCGACACGUUAUGAGCAUUUGGGAUUCUAUAGUAACUCAUGAUAAAAACAGAGCGGUUUUUACCAAGCCAAACAUGGCCCACCAAAUCUUUUCUCGUAUGAAGGAACUACCCAUGGUCACUGAGUUGGUGGCAUUUGCAAAAACAAAUUACGAUUUGCUAUCUAUUCUGUUUGGAAAAGAAAGUAUACCCGCUCGUCUAAUACAGUUUUGUAUUGGAUGGGCUUUGACUGAAAAUGGAAAAUUUCAGGAUGCCAUAGAAACGUUCGAAACAAUGUUGGCUACACCGACAUCAAACGAAAUUGCCGAUGAAAGAAAAGCCUUUACAAAAAUUAGCGCAGAACCCAGAGAAACUAGACGCAAUCUCCUCUAAAAUGACCGACAUGUUCAUGACAGAGAAAUCCUUCGCUGACGAGAAUGAUUUAGCGAAAUUAAGACGAUUGGUCGAGCUAUCUGAGUCUGAUGAUUUCGGGGAGGCAUUAGAGGAAAUCCUAGAAAUGGUUUGUGGUGAAGAGACACCUGUUCAAAAUUUAAUUGAACUUGUCAAAACCGUCAUAGGAGACGAACCAAUUGCACCCAGUAGUGGUGCCAAGGGUGAUGAAUUCGUCUCACUACUUGAUAGAUUUGGAAAACUUGCGACAAGCCUUGAACUAACGGCAGCUGGCAAACAUUCAGAAGCAAUAACGAACCUCCGAGAGCUACACGAGUCAUUCAAAACAAAAUAUGGAGAAGCACACAAAAUCACACUUUCUACUAGGUCCGCCUUGUCGGAUAGUCUGUGGGAAGCUGGAAAUAAAGAAGAGGCACUGCAAAUUAAGAGGGAAGUUGUCGCAGUUGAGAAAAAGGCUAGGGGUCUAGACCACCCUAUGACUCUCCGCAAUAUUCAACUACUUGCCGAAUGGGAGGCAGCGAUGGCCACGACAAAUAUGAACCAGCACCCCGUUCCAUAGUUGAUUAAAUGUCGGCCUAACUAUAGACAAAUUCAAUUAUUAUAUUGAUUUGUGCAACUAAGAAUCAAAUUUUGAAAUCAUUGAUGUACAUACAUAUGCAUGUAUCCAUUUUAGAAUUGCGUAAGAAAUAAAUGCAUGUGUACUAUUGGAAAAAUCAAAGAUUUACCUCCAAUAAUUAUGGUCUUAAAUC